AUGAAGGAGCGGAUGUGUAACAGCAGCAACUCAGAGAACUGGAGAGACCGAAGAGACUCGGCAUCCGGGGCGGGUGGAGCCCUGGGCCUCUUCCCAGAGCCGGAUGAUGACCUGCCAGAGCUCCUGAGUCAGCUGGGCCUGGGGAAGUACAUCGACACCUUUCAGGAACAGGAGAUUGACUUCCAGACGUUCCUGACCCUGUCAGACGAGGACUUGAAGGAGGUGGGAGUGCUGACGUUUGGAGCCCGGAGGAAGAUGCUGCUCGCCAUCACAGACUUGCAAAGGGCCAGAUACAGGAUAUUUGGAGGGCGGGGCCAGUGGGAGACUCCCACGAAUUGUGGACGUGGAUAUAGCGGCACAGAGCAACCAUUGGUGAUUGGGAGCUGUCAGCCUUUGGGAUCCAGGACUUCUCAUUACAUAUACUACAUGCUAUGGGUGCAUUUCAAUAUGCACACUUCCGUCCUCAACUUGUGCUUGUGGCCUUUUUUCCCGCUGGCAGCCUAGCCACAACAAUUUUUGACUGUUCUUAAUUCACCAUCCCGAUUGCAAUGACAUUAGAAUUGUUCUUUUGCAAGAUAUUGAAUUAAUUUU